ACCAGCCCAUUUAACCGGAAGUUUCACCACAAAUUUUCGAAAAUGAAUGCUCCUCCAACUUUCGAGUCAUUUCUCCUCUUUGAAGGAGAGAAAAAGAUUCAGAUAGAAAAGGAUACGAAGGUACCAAAUGCUGCAAUAUUUACCAUAAACAAGGAGGACCAUACCUUAGGAAACAUGAUCUGCACGCAACUGCGUAAAGACCCCCAGGUGUUAUUUACUGGCUACAAGAAUCCUCACCCUCUCGAACACAAAGUUGUAUUAAGGAUACAGACCACAGCGGACUACAGUCCACAGGAAGCUCUCACUAAUGCCAUAACAGAUCUCAUCUCAGAGGUGUCUCUCAUGGAGGAGAGAUUUAGGGAGGCAGUUAGAGAGAGACAAGAAGGAGAUAUCUGAGAACAGAUAACGGUAGCAAGAUGGGACAAUUGUGAUAGAUACAGCCGCUGUAUUAGAGAGAAAAUACUACAGUGCAUUAAGUUCAUGUGUUCAAAUUCUCACCAAUUCUUGUUAAUGACUGAAAAUGAGAAGUGUUUGCAGAGAAUGUGGCGGAAAUUUGGUGCAAGAUUUUCAACAGUUAUUGUAGUUAAAUUGAAUCAGUAAGUCAAUCAAUACUGACAUAGAAUAGACAGGCAGGACACAGCAGUUGAAGUAACAAUCAUCUGUAUAAAGUAACAUUCUGAAAUUGAGAGUAGAUCAGACCUCAUCACAGUUAUCACUGUAUCAGUUAGUCCUUCUUUUUUCACUUGAUCAGUACAGAUAUACACAAAUGCAUGAUUUCAAGGUACAAUAUCUGUUAUUUUGGGGCAGGAGACCAAGUAAAAGUAACUUCUCAAGUUGCUACAAAAUGAGAAAGUGAAUACUCAAGGUUUCACCCAUUUGUAAAAAAGCCACUGGUUUAUUUGCAUGUCGAAUUACUGCUGGAACAGUAUAAUGUUUGUAUUUCAUUUGGAAUUUAGCAUUUUUGAGUCACUCUUGAUUUUAAUCAUGUUUAAUUUGAGAAACAGUUUUUCUCCCCUAAUUAUGUUGUAAUGACACAGUUUGAAAGUUAGUUCUGUUUUUAGCUCACCUGAGCACAAAGUGCUCAAAGGUGAGCUUUUGUGAUCGCCCUGUGUCCGUCGUCGUCAGCAAUUUGACUGUUUUCACAAUUUAGGCCCAAUCUUAAUGAAACUUGGUCAGAAUGUUACCCUCAAAGUCUUGGACGAGUUCGAUAUUGGGUCAUCUGGGGUUAAAAACUAGGUCACCAGGUCAAAUCAAAGGAAAAGCUUCUUAACACUCUAGAGGUCACAAUUUUGGCCCAGUCUUAAUUAAACUUGGUCAGAAUGUUACCCUCAAUAAAAUCUUGGACGUCUUCGAUAUUGGGUCAUCUAGGGUUAAAAACUAGGUCACCAGGUCAAAUCAAAGGAAAAGCAUGUUAACACUCUAGAGGUCACAAUUUUGGCCCAAUCUUAAUGAAACUUGGUCAGAAUGUUACCCUCAAUAAAAUCUUGGACGAGUUCGAUAUUGGAUCAUCUGGGAUCAUAAACUAGGUCACCAGGUGAAAUCAAAGGAAAAGCUUCUUUACACUGUAGAGGCAGCAUUUAUGACUGUAUCUUCAUGAAACUUGGUCAGAAUGUUAAUCUUGAUGAUCUCAAGGUCCAGUUUGAAUCUGGGUCAUUUAAGGUCAAAAACUAGGUCACCAGGUCAAGUCAAGGGAAAAGCUAGUAAACACUGUAGAGGCCACAUUUAUGAUUAUAUCUUAAUGAAACAUGGUCAGAAUGUUAAUCUUGAUGAUCUAUAGGUCACAUUAAAAUUUGGGUCAGGUGGGGUCAAAAACUAGGUCACAAGGUCAAAUCAAAGGAAAAGCUUGUUAACACUCUAGAGGCCACAUUAUGACUGUAUCUUCAUGAAACUAAAGUCAGAAUGUUAAUCUUGAUGAUCUUUAAAUAAAGUUUGAAUCUGGGUCAUGUGGGGUCAAAAACUAGGUCACCAGGUCAAAUCAAAGGUAAAGCUUGUUAAUACUUUAGAGGCCACAUUUAUGACCAUAUCUUAAUGAAACUUGGUCAGAGUGUUAAUCUUGAUGGUCUUUAGGUCAGGUGAGCGAUACAGGGCCUUCAUGGCCCUCUUGUUAUAAAUUUGUGAGAAUUUGUUUUUAAAUGAAGAUGUGAAAAUAAAAGCGAGUUUUUUUUACAUUUUUUGUAUUUUUUUUUUAUGUUGUUUAAAUAAUUCUUUGUUUCAUAGUUUUAUGUUACUUACUGCUGUAUAAUGUAUGCAUUUUUGCAUUUAAUAAAACUGGAUUUAUAGAUUAGGAAUAUUGUUCAAAUCUCAAUGAAACUUUCUAGGUGUUUAUGAAAUAUUUCACCACCUCCGACAAGAAAAAUUUAAAAAAGACAGUUUUAAAUUCACCAGUUUCCUUCUAUAGACUUCAUAUAAAUACAUUGAAUUUUUGUGUUUCAAAAAAGGUAGAGAAAAAUCAAGCAUUCCCAUACAGAAAUGAUAAUGUCUAGUUUUAAUUGGUAAUCAUUCUAACAUGCAUGCAUGGUCAACAGACUGGCAAAUUUGUCACUGCUACAAGAUCAUUGUUGUACACGUGACUAAGAAAUCCUAUUCUGAGAAUACAAGGCCUCUAGAUGGUCCUUUAAAAUUUUAAACUCUAGGCCAAAGUUUUCUCGACCAUAGCUCUACACGACUGUCAGGGACUGCUUGAAAUUCUGUUAUACAUAUAUUUUAAUAUGGAAACU